AUGAUGAAAAUAUAUAAGAGUAGUGUUAUAAUAGUGGUUUUAAAAAGGCCGCUCAGACAGCGACAGCGCCCCACGCCUCCCCCACUGGUGAGAGAGGUGAACGAUCAUCGAGGACUGGCGGCCGGAAGCCGUCGUCCGCCUCACGCUCAGGACGCCGCGCCACGUCUCAUCAACACGGCUGACCGUAAGAAUCCGCCAAAGAAAAUGCAGAAACAAGUGACUCUCGUUGACAAGAUCCUGUCGAGCACCAGAACUAUAAGCAGCGUUCACAAGGAGAAGGAGAAUCUAGAAGUCUGUCCCAGCUGUAUGUGGGGACCUAAAGUUGGUUACGAUGACGUAGUCUGGCACAAGCUGGGCUCCUGUCCGUGGUGGCCGGCGCGGGUGAUCACGCCGGGUGCUCUGCCCUCGUGCCUCCUCACACGAUCACAUUCCCCACACCACUGGCCGCUGAAAUACUACGGUACAUUGAACUACUCCUGGGCUGAAACCAGUCGCAUCUGCCUCUUUCUGCCCAAGCAUACAGCAGCACUGAAGGCCAGGGAUGAUACUCUGAGGCAGGCAGUGUUGGACGCAGCAGAUGACUACAUAGCUGUCUACCUCACAUAG